AAUUUGCCAGUAAUACUGUAUCUAACUGUAUCUAACUGACGGUUUAAUAGGGAGCACACUGCUUGUUGAAUCACAAUUGACAGUUACUAUUGCAUCCAGUGCCAACUUAUCAUUGCAAUCGCGUGUACAACACAAGACUGAUUCUCCAUUUGCUAUUGCCUCUAGGCGGUGUAACGGUUCAUUUCUCCUCUGUACAGUGGACUAUGAGUGACUUUCAUGAUAAUUAAAUCUGACGUCGAUAAAGCUGAUAGUUGCUGCUUACGUGUUAACCACGUUAGCGUACAGUAUUUUUGCGCUUAGCAUAUUAGAAUUAUAGCAUUUACUUUUCUUUUAUUCUUUUAACUCUUGCGUUGGCACGGAUAAUUUCCUAUUGUCAUUCUCGAAAUUAAAUGAAUAGCACUGUUGGAUUUUUGACCAAAUAGGGACACGUUUGAACACUAGGUCACAUGUUGCAAUAUCAACAACAAUGUCAACAACACCAGAUGGCGCUCCAUUCGCACUUCCGCUUGUGUUUACACAUUCCAAACAUGCGUACACAAACAAAUAUACAUGUGUGCUUGACAAUGACUCCUUUACAGAAAUACUAAACGAAGACUUUGAUUCCUACGUAAUGACGCCAUGGUCAUGGAACAAAGAUGACAACGUCAGUGACAAAUUGUAUCUACUUCCGGUUGCAUUUGCUGCUGUUGUAAUGAACAUUCUCGUUAUCAUAACGUUUGUCAGGGAGAAAAUGACGUCAGCACUUGACGUCAUACUAAUUGGAAUAUCAGUGUCGGAUACAUUAACAGUACUAAUCCCAUGUGCAGCAACCAUGUUUAUGUAUUUUGAUGGUAUUUUUCCGGAUUAUGUUUCAUACGAAAACUGUAAAAUGUGGGGUUAUCUCACGAAGUAUUUUCCUACGAUUACCCACAAUGCAUCGAUCUGGUUAACGCUAGUUCUUGCGUAUGAUAGGUGUGUUGCUAUACGUCACCCUUUCCUCAUCAGACGACUUUGCUUACCUCGAACAAGCGUUUUUGCUAUCGUGAUUGUUUAUAUCUUUGCAACGCUUGGACAUUUAUGUAGAUUUCUAGACACAGAGUACGUGCCUGUUAAAAUAAUCCCGUCAACUUAUUUUGAUAAUCUUACAGUUUGGAUACAUAAUGUAAGUGAAGAAAUGGCAAAUGCUACCAUAAAUACGAUCGCUUCAGAUGGAUAUGAACUAGACGAAUUUUGUAACUAUGUAGAAGGAAUCGAAACGUGUAAAGCGGUGUAUACACCAGUGUUCGGAAACUUCAAGUAUUACGAAUUCUGUUAUUACUGGUUUGUUAUUCUUUUCGUAAAGUUUAUUCCAUGCACAUUUAUGAUAAUACUGGAUACUUUAAUGUUAAAAGCUUUGCGCCACGCGGAACAUAUUCGUCAAGUUAUUUCAACCAAAAACACCCAUCAUAUUCAAGCGUCUCAGAGCAGAGUGCGAUACUACGAGAGCAGACGAAUGACGAUUAUUGUCGUCAUCGCCAUCGUCAUCGUUAUAGUAGUGGAAAUUCCGGUCGGAGUCAUUCUAAUAUUUUGGACGUUAGCAGAAAUUCACGACAAAGAGUUUAUCAGCGAAAGAAAUUUGAAUUAUGUGGCCAGAAUCGCAAAUAUGAUAGUGUCCAUAAGUUACCCAAUAAUAUUUUUACUAUAUUGUUGUAUAAGUGCACACUUUAGAGCUUCGUUCAGCAGACUUUGUUGUUGUUUACGAAACAGAUGUUCGCGUUUUCUUUCCGCCAACGAGGAACCGUCUGAUCUUUGAUUCAGGAAAUUAGAAUGAUGUCACAAUAUAUUAUUGAAUGACACGGGUCUAGAUUUUUAUUUUAACUAGUUUGAUAAUAAUGUAGUAUCAAAUAAAAUCUUACGUUUUACA